GCAGAAGAUUAUUUGCCAUCCACGCGCACUUACAAACACAUCAAUCACGUACUCUGUUGAAUCUCUCUCUUUUCUCGCGAUCAGAACAUUCAGUUUCCCAAUUCUCUCUCUCUCUGAGAGUUUCUAUCCCAAUCCGUUUUCAGGUUCUCAAUUAUCUCAAUGCCGAUGGAUCAUGCAGAGCUAACCACCGAGCAGGUUCUGAAGAGGGAUAUCCCAUGGGAGACGUACAUGACAACUAAGCUGAUCUCAGGAACAGGCCUUCAGCUGUUAAGGCGUUAUGAUAACAGAGCUGAAAGUUACAGAGCAACGCUGCUGGAUGAGGAUGGUCCGGCUUACGUUUGUGUGUUUGUUAGCAUUUUACGUGACAUAUUCAAGGAAGAAACGGUAGAAUAUGUUCUAGCCUUGAUUGAUGAAAUGCUUUCAGCAAACCCGCAAAGAGCUCGAUUAUUCCAUGACAAAUCUCUUGCAAACGAAGAUAUGUAUGGUCCUUUCCUAAGAUUACUCUGGAAAGGUAACUGGUUCAUACAAGAGAAGAGCUGUAAGAUACUUUCUCUGAUAGUAAGUGCUAGGACAAAAGUCCAGGAUGGUGUCACUGGAAAUGGAGAAACCUCAAGUUCAAAGAAGAAAUCCAUUACAAUUGAUGAUGUUCUGAAAGGUCUGGUAGAAUGGCUUUGCGCGCAGCUCAAGAAGCCUUCCCAUCCUAGUCAUGGUAUCCCAACUGCUGUCAAUUGCCUGGCAACUCUAUUGAAGGAGCCUGUAGUCAGAUCUUCAUUCGUUCAAGGAGAUGGGGUGAAGCUGCUCGAACCUCUAAUUUCUCCGGCAUCCACCCAGCAGUCCAUCCAGCUCCUUUACGAAACAUGUCUCUGUGUUUGGCUUCUGUCUUAUUAUGAGCCUGCGAGUGAAUACUUGGCUACCUCUAAAACUCUACCGCAAUUAAUUGAGGUUGUCAAGAGUUCGACAAAGGAGAAGGUUGUCAGGGUGGUUGUCUUGACCCUUAGAAACUUGCUUUAUAGAGGGACUUUCGGAGCUCAAAUGGUAGACCUUGGACUUGCGCAAAUUGUCCAGAAUUUAAAAGCACAAGCAUGGAGUGAUGAGGACCUGCUGGAGGCUCUUAAUCAUCUGGAAGAAGGAAUGAAAGAUAACAUUAAGAACUUGAGUUCUUUUGAUAAGUACAAGCAAGAAGUCCUUCUUGGCCAACUUGACUGGUCACCAAUGCACAAAGAUACUAUAUUCUGGCGUGAUAAUAUUAUGCAUUUUGAAGAGCAUGAUUUCCAGGUCCUACGUGUCCUCAUUACGAUAUUGGACACAUCAAAUAACCCAAGGGUACUAGCUGUUGCUUGUUUUGAUCUCUCUCAGUUUAUUCAGCACCAUCCUGCUGGACGGGUCAUAGUGACGGACCUGAAAGCCAAGGACCGGGUAAUGGAACUGAUGGACCACCAGGAUGCUGAGGUUACCAAAAAUGCCUUACUCUGUAUCCAGAGGCUUUUCCUAGGUGCCAAGUAUGCUAGCUUUUUGCAAGUUUAGUUAUAAUUUAUGGAAGAGUUUUGCUACCAAAUUUAAUUUAUAAAGACUUCUUGAUGUGGAAGAACACAGAGUUUUUAUAUGAUGCAUCUUAAUAACUUGAGUUAUACAUCACCUUGCGGCUUUCUUACAUUCGUUAUUUGUUGUGAAUAACUGUGAGGAACUAAUUGUUUUUAUUAUAUUAUAAAAUAAAAUUAAUCUUUGUA